GCAGACUCAUCGGCAGCCUCUUCCCUACGGUGCGCUCCUCAUGCUGCUGCUGCUGCUGAUGAUGAUGAUGAUGCUGCUGCUGAUGAUGAUGCUGCUGCUGCUGAUGAUGCUGAUGCUGAUGAUGAUGCUGCUGCUGCUGAUGAUGCUGAUGCUGAUGAUGAUGCUGCUGCUGCUCAUGCUGCUGCUGAUCAUAUUGCUGCUGAUGAUGAUGAUGCUGCUGCUGUUGAUGCUGAUGCUGAUGAUGCUGCUGCUGCUCAUGCUGCUGCUGAUCAUACUGCUGCUGAUCAUGCUGCUGAUGAUGCUGAUGCUGCUGCUGCUGUUUAUGCUGCUGCUGAUGAUGCUGCUGCUGAUGAUGCUGCUGAUGCUGCUGCUGAUGAUGACGCUGCUGCUGUUGCUGCUGAUGCUGAUACUGCUGCUGAUGGGAAUGUUGGUGCUGAUGGUUCUGCUGCUGGUACUGAUGCUGAUGCUGCUGUUGCUGCUACUGAUGAUGAUGUUGCUGCUUCUGCUGCUGCUGCUGCUGCUGCAUCAGACACCUGA